UUUUCGCGUAAUAAUUAUUACUCGUCAAGAGGUACAGAUCGGUGAAAGAGAGAACUCCAGCUACCAUUCUGCUUUCUUAAACACAAACCGAACCGGACCGUCUAUUUGCCAUAUAUGGAAGAAAAAGCGAAUCAAGAAGGCGCACGAAGGCUGCAGGCGUGGCGCAGACACUUCCGCCUUCCUCAAAAGCCAACAGAAAAUGACGGCGACUUUGCGGCCAUACCUGAACGCUGUGCGGGCCACCCUGCAAGCAGCCCUGUGUUUGGAGAACUUCUCCUCUCAAGUGGUGGAACGGCACAACAAGCCAGAGGUGGAAGUUAGGAGCAGCAAAGAGUUGCUGUUGCAGCCGGUGGUAAUUAGCCGCAAUGACAAAGAGAAGGUUCUCAUAGAGGGCUCCAUUAACUCUGUGCGGGUCAGCAUCGCCGUCAAACAGGCGGAUGAGAUUGAGAAGAUCUUGUGCCACAAAUUCAUGCGUUUCAUGAUGAUGAGAGCGGAGAACUUCUUCAUUUUGCGGAGGAAACCUGUGGAGGGCUAUGACAUCAGUUUCCUCAUCACCAACUUCCACACGGAGCAGAUGUACAAGCAUAAGCUGGUGGACUUUGUCAUCCACUUCAUGGAGGAGAUCGACAAGGAGAUCAGUGAGAUGAAGCUGGCCGUCAACGCCCGUGCUCGUAUCGUCGCCGAGGAAUUCCUCAAAAACUUUUGAGGACCAGUCUCUGGAAUCAUUCGCUCCUGUGACUUGGCCGUCGCUGGGGUUCCCAUGGAGAAAGAGAGAGAGAGAGAGACAGAGAGGCAUCGCAGACUUCUACAGCUCAACAGA